AUGAGAUCUUUCUUUGUUAUUGCGACUCUCGCUGUCGGAGCCUUUGGGCAGUCGUACGACCCCUGCCCGAAUGACCUUAAGAACCACGCCCUGUGCUGCAAUGCUGGGCUGGAGAAUGUCAUCAAUUUCGACUGCCACACCCCUGCGCCUUAUCCUACACUGAGCGGCGAAGAGUUCCAAGCCACCUGCGCCAAAACCGGAUCGUACCCCAAGUGCUGUACAAUCAAGAUUAUCAGCCAGGGCCUACUCUGCGAGGAUCCAGCUGGCAUCGAGAACCCGGAAACUGAUACAUUUAACCCUGAGGGCGAUAACGAGCUGCAAAACCUUCUCGGUGAUGUGGGCAACAUCCUCAACGAGGUCCUAAGCAUACUUGGUUGA